AAUUUUUUAAAAUUUUUUUAAAAAAAAAAAAAAAAAAAAAAACCAACAAAUAAAUGCAUCUCCAGCAAAACUUGAAAUGGAAAUAUCUAUUUAUAGAUUGAUACGCACAUUUGAAUAUUUGUGAGGUUACUCGCAAGAAAAUACUAUUCACUUGAUGUUUCAGGCAGCAUGUGACUUACGUGUCAUAUUGUGAAAAGAACACGACAGAUUACAUCAAAUUACACAAUGUCAAUGGAUUUAUAAUAUUGAGUAAAUUGUUAACAACCUGUCAGUUAUAAAUUCUUUCUUUGUGAAACAUCUGAGUGAUAUCUUGGUUGAAUAUUUAUAUUCUUAUACACUCAUUGGAGAAAUCAAAUCUGAUACAUAUUACAUAUUUAAUUUCUCGACGUUUGUAAAAUUAAUCCUCGAAUAAUAUUGUAUCGUAUUCUGCAUUAUCAUGACGCCUAGCCAAAGACGGCAGCGAGGCCUGCAGUAUGGAAUAUUUUUGCUAUGUAUGCAGGCCCUAAAUUUCGGACUGGAUAAAAUACCACCUGCUACUUUAAUUGGAGUUAUUGUACAGACUUUGUUGUACACUGGAUUGGUACAAGUGCCAUGGAAUGCGGAGGAAGUAUGUAUAUCGGCUGUAAAAAUAAUUAAAUACAGAGAUUGGCGAUCGUUUUUUCUUUCAAAUUUCGAACAUGGAUCCGAUAUGCAUCUGUAUUAUAACAUGUUUUCCUUCAUUCUAAAAGGAUCGUACUUAGAACCCAUCUAUGGAACAACAAACUUUGUACUUUUACUUUUUAUACUAUCCACUGGCUGUAGUAUUAUGUAUGUAGCUUUAGGAUAUACACUGAUGCAGUUAACGGGAGAUUAUGGAUAUUUUACAACUUGCGCUAUUGGCUUUUCCGCAACAUUAUUUGCAUUAAAAGUAAUUGUGCUGUGUGAAGAACGUGACAGAUUGCAUAAUGUCAGUGGAUUUAUAGUACCAAGUAAACUAGCUGUGUGGCUUGAAUUGAUAUUAAUACAUCUCUUAGUUCCAAAUUCCUCCUUGGUUGGACAUUUGGGUGGUAUCUUAGUUGGAUGUUUAUAUUCUUACACAUUUGUUGGAGAAAUAAUUGAUAAUUUGAUACAUAUGAUAACUGAUACACCCAUUUUACAUGAAGAACCAUUUUAUAGAAAACGAAACACACAAUUUACUUGACAUAUUCUAUAAUUACUUAAUAUAUGUAAUAAAAAUAUACAUACACAAGUAAUUACAUAAGUAAAAUAAAUUAUUAAUAAAUACAUGUGAUAAUUGUAAAUAAUUAUAAAUUAUAAAUUAAAAUUAUUUUUAAUAAAUAAUUUCGAUAAAUGAUAUUUAUUCUCAUUGAUAGUGUUCUCAUUUUCUUGAGUAUAUAUAAUAUUAAUGAUAUAAAUUUUUCAUGUCGAGGUUGUACAUUAAAUCAAGUUUUACAAAACACCUAAAAGUUAGAUCAAGUAUAUAAUAAAUGUCAAAUAAAGAUCCUUUUCUAAA